CACUCUUUCCACCAAUUUUUCUCAGCUGCAUUUUUAACCAUUCCCCUAGCACUUAUUUUUCAUUCUAGCCUGCUCUUUCUUCUUUCUCCUCCCUCCCUUCCCUCCUCCCCUUCCGCCUUAUUUCUAAACCUUCUAUUCUCCCUCUUUACCAUUUCCGCAUUAGACAGCAGCAUAUAUCGGCUUGGGUCCGAACGCGUGCUGGUCUCUCCUCCCUCUCCUCUCUCCUCGCCCUUAUUAUUGUUUUCUUAUAAAGAAUGAGGAUUUGUGCGCUCCAGCUGGUCGCAGCGUCGGUAUUUUUCAGUCAUGCGCUGGCAGCAUGCUCAGGCUUGAACGCCAAAGAUACAGGCGCCUGCCAGUAUGACGGAAACCCGGCCCACGCAUCGUUUGUCUCAGAGCUAACGCCAGACCGGGCUUCCGCCGACUCAGCCAGGCUGGCCUUGUCCCUGCAAAAGUCAAAGCCCAGCAACACAGUGUUUGACGGCACUACUGUCUAUUCUACAAGCUGGAUUCAAUACGGAUCCAUUACCGCCACCAUCCAGUCCGGCUCGACUGCUCCAGGAGUGGUCACAUCGAUGCAGUUGCAAGACGACUCGGGUGGGAGCAUCAGCUUAGAUUUUGCCGGGUCGACUACAAACCGGGUCCAGGCCAACUACUACGUCGAUGGCCAGGUGGAUCUCGGAAACCCAGUGUCAUCAGUGGUCUCGUCCGACCCAGUGUCCAAUUACAACGAGUACCGCAUCCUGUGGCAACCAGACAGCAUCUCCUGGUACGUGAACGGUGCCGUUAUUCGCACAGUUCACCGCGCCGAUACGUGGGCAGAGGGCCUGCGAAAAUUCACCUUCCCGCAAAAAGCUGCACGGCUGUCGUUCUCCAUCUGGGACGCAAGUGGCUCCACUAACCCGUAUCUUACCACCGCGUGGGCAGGUUCAAUACCGAGCUCCAAGGCCGGUGCGCAGUUCACGGCAUACAUCAAGUCUGUGAGUAUCAAGUGCUACUCAAACUCGACCAGCACAAGCACUAGUAGCAGUUCACUAGGCAACACAGGCCACCAGAACAGUAACCACAAGCAGUCAUCGGCAAAUGCCAGUAGCGUCGUUCCUGCCUCCGCAUCGGACAGCGAUGACGAUGAUUUGAGCGACUUUGGACGUGGCGAUAGUAAUUCGUCGCUGGAGAACCAAAGCAGCUCUGGCUCGUCUCGCAAGGACGGCAUCGACCAGAUAUCGGCGUAUCUUGAGCGUAAUGUCAAUUCAUCAGCUGCUGCCUCACACGUGCAGGGCUUCAGCGUAAUCUCCACUGCUGCUGCUGUAAUUUUGGCCACUGCUAUUUCCAGCAUCUAAAGGAGCUAUCGAGCCUAUAUUCUCAUUCUCUUUUUGUUGUGCUGGCUCCACGGACCAAAAAGUGCUUAAUGAAUCUGUUAUGACUUUUGCUCUCCUGCCUCCCGUUCCCUUACCGCCCUUGUAGUUUUCCCCCAUUUCCCCCACCACACCUUUCUCUUCGAUCUUGCGUUGUUUCACCUGGAUUAAAUGGUAUUACACUCCUUGACGACCGCCGACAUCCUCGGUGGAGUCUGAAUGCGAAACGCCUAUUUUCGGACGUAUCCAGGACCAGUCACCAGUCACCAGCGCUGUAGACGAAAUUGUUCGAUUAUAUUGAUAUUUACUGUCCUUGUCAUACCUGCACGGCUACAGUGCUGCAUACCUAUGCCAAUUUCUGUCACUGCCUCAGCGCUGCAUGCAGUCCAGGCAUAUUUUCCGUCCUAUUUGACAGUUAC